ACUGCAGGAGACAAAUGGAAUGUGAAGCCUGAGUGCCAGAGGGUCACACCCCAUGCCAGAUAUUAUGGAAACAACUUAACUGCAGGCAAGCAAGGAAUCCAGUAGGAGCCACCGGAGAACAGAGCACGGAGAACAGAGGUAGUGGUGGCCGACCCCCUAAACUAAUUGGGGUUUCAAAACAGAAAAUGAGUUCUGCUACACAGAAAGCAGUCACCAAAACCACCACGGAGGAAUUCACGUUAUAUUCUGACUAUGGUGAUAUCAGUGAUGAAGAGUCUGAGCUAUGCAGCAAAGAAGGAGUGAGGAAUUUUGAGUUGUGGUUCCUUCCCACAUUUUAUUCACUGGUGUUCCUGUUCGGCUUGAUAGGGAAUGCCCUUGUGGUCCUCGUGCUGCUUAAAUACAAGAGACUGAGAAGCAUGACUGAUAUCUACUUACUAAAUCUUGCAAUCUCUGACUUGCUUUUUGUUUUUGCUCUUCCUUUCUGGUCUUAUUAUGUGGCUGACGAGUGGGUCUUUGGAGAUGGUUUGUGCAAGUUCAUCUCUUGGGUCUAUCUGCUUGGAUUUUACAGUGGGACAUUUUUUGUCAUGCUCAUGAGCAUCGAUAGGUAUCUCGCAGUUGUUCAUGUUGUGUUUGCCUUGAGAGCAAGAACUGUCAACUAUGGCAUUCUUGCCAGUCUUGUUGUAUGGCUAGUGGCCAUCUCGGCUGCUCUUCCACAGCUGAUAUUUAGCAAAGCUUCUCGUUACUAUAAUCAAACCACAUGUAAGCCAGUGUACAAGGGAAAUUGGAGAAUUUUUACCUCUCUGGAAAUCAACAUUUUAGGUCUUUUGCUUCCUUUUAUGGUGAUGUUGUUUUGCUACACAAAGAUAGUCAAGACCCUUUUGCACUGCAGAGAUGAAAAGAAGAAGAAAGCGGUGAAGAUGAUAUUUGCUGUUAUGAUUGUGUUUUUCCUGUUUUGGACUCCUUACAACAUUGUAUCCUUAUUACAAUGUUUGCAUGGCAUAGGCAUUUUAAGAGGGUGCAUACUUAAUAAGAACCUGGACUAUGCAUCUCAGGUGACUCAAACGCUAGCAUUUUUUCAUUGCUGUCUCAAUCCAAUCAUCUACUUCUUUAUGGGGCAAAAGUUCAAGAAAUGCAUCAAGCUGCUCUUUAAGAACUGCAUCUUUUCUAAAAUACUUUGCAGAACAUGUGGCCUUUCUGACACUUUCCAGGCCGAAUCAUCAGUCUCACUAUACACUCAGUCCACAAGUGAUAACAAGCCCCUCUGAGUAAGUCUCUGAUGAAACAUCCAGAAAGAAUAUGGCAUUGUCCUACAUUUCAGAAUGGUGAUAUGUUUGCUUUGCUAAAACCUAGUACCUGUACAUUGACAAAUAAGCACUGCCUCCAAGUUAAAGCUCGGAAGAUGGAAAAGGAGAGUGGAAAAGCAGGAGCCGACUUGGGAACAAUAUGAAAAGAUAUUUUGCAUGGUGUCCUACCCAUGAUUUUCAACUGUGCAAGGAGCAAAGCCCCAUACCUAUCAAUGUAUCCCACAAGUCAGCUCUCAUGUUCAACUUAAAUACUGGAAUAGAUUUUUAAAAAACAAAAACAAAAAACCACUCACCCUCUUGUGAGUUCCCUUUCAAGUCACCUUCCAGACAGGUCUCCUUGUGAGGUCCUUUCAUGCCUUUGGACUGUUCUGCUUUCACAGGUAUUAAAUUCAUUCUGCAGUUCAUUGAAACAAGACCACAGACUUUUGCUGUACUAGGACAAUCUUGAUACAUAAGUACAUUGUUCACAGUGCUUUGUUUCAUUUGUUAUAUUGCCUCAUACUCUGAACUAUAUAUCUGGUUUAACUGCAUGGUCCAAAGUUAUUUCAUCUUCCCAUGUUGGCCUCCAUAAAUUGUUAGCACAGUCAUACUUCUCAACUCCACAAAACUUGAAUGGUGUUCCUUCAUGCUAUGGAAGUGGGAAGUCCCACUGAAAUCCAUGUACAUAUGCAUACCUGCUUGUCGUACUCCAACCUUGGACCUCAAAUGCACAGGGCUGUAACCAGCCUUCCUAUCAAAGUGGGGCUGCCAUAUUUCCACGUGGGACUUCAAAGAACUCAUUAUUUCCUCGUAACCAACAUAAACUUCUAUAUCCCUCUCACCAAGUCCAAAUGUUUUCCGUAUUUUAGUGUUAUGAAUUUCUAGCAUAAGAAACAUAUACAUUAAAUAAGGCCAGUUAUGUAUAAGUUCCUGAUUAUUAUAAACACCUUCUUCAAAUCUGUGUGAAAAUGAGAGAUUUAAUAAGAUUUAAUAAUAGAUAUUUGAAUAUCUAUUCAGAAGUAGAGUAUAACAAUAUUAAUACUAAACACUUUGAACUAAAUUAUUGGUAUAGAUUGUUUUAACUGCUUUGUGAUUGGAAAAUUGUUGAUUUUCCUUGUAAACUGCCUUGAGGUCUGUGAAUUGGUUUAUAAGCAUGUGAUGAAUGAAUAAAUAAAAUAUAUUGUUUCAAAAUAA